UUACGUGUCUGAACUGAAAAUGUCCCCGGAAUUUGUCACAGAAAUCUGGUCACCUUAGGACGGUUAACAGCCUUCAGCAAGUACCGUUACACUGUUGUGUAGAAUGUUGUAAAUUGAAUGUUCUAAAAAAUAGCUGGAUCCAUCAAAUAUAUUUAUAUUGUUAUUUUAAAAUCUUACAUGGUUGACGAAAUCAUUAUUUUAUUAGAAUGUUCGGAACGACCCUACCGAAGGGUAAAUGUUGCUAGGACACUGGCUGGAACAUAAGUCUGUUAAAAGCCGGUUGUUCCAGGGGGAAGGAAUAAAUUGGCGAAUUUCAGACAAUGGCGGCGCCCUGACACCAUGCCUGACGCUCGAUAAACAGCAUUUCUGAACCGCACACACAUUAAAAAGAUUGGCGAGAAUGGCAACACAAACGAAAGCAGGCAAGAAAUCAAAGAAGAAACCCAUUCCCGUGAAGACUUCCCUCAACAGUCCAUUUGAGUAUCGCUGGAGUCCUCUGAACAGUGACCAAAUGCACUUCAUUCUCGAUACCUUAAAAGGUAUAAUCUCAGAAAUUGGUCUCCAAAAGAGGGAAGUGAAGGUCUUUCGAACAUGGGGAAAUAGAAAGAAAUUGAAAAAACAGGAGGAAGACAAAGAACCUUCACCCGAAAAAAUGGAUGUUCAGCCUGUGUCUGCUCAGACCUCUAAGCAAGGCUGGACGGACGUCGCCGUGAGGAAGCAACUAGCCAUCGGCAUAAACGAGGUCACCAAGGGACUGGAAAGGAAUGAGCUGUGCCUCGUGCUUGUGUGCAACUCGGUCAAACCCAAACACAUGACACAGCACCUAAUCCCAUUGAGUAAAACCCGUUUCGUGCCAGCCUGCCAGGUGCCAAGAUUGAGUGAAAACCUUGCUGGCGUCAUGGGGCUGAAAUGCGUCCUGGCCCUCGGAUUUAAGCGUGAAGCUCCAGCGUUCACAGACACCGUGGCAGCCAUAGUGCCCAAGGUCCCAUCGUUAGAUGUCCCUUGGCUACCUACACCUGCAGUGGACUCUAGGGACGGCUAUGAGGAGGAGGAAGUGGAGGGGGAACAGGCAAGAGGACAAAAACGUAAACUUGAAGAAACUCCUAGGAGCCCAGUCCUGUCCUCCUCUUGUUUACAACCUCUGAAAGUAAAGAGGAUUGUUCCAAAUCCCUCUAAAAUUCGCAAACCUAAAAAGAAGAAAUUGAAGUAGAAAACUUGAACAGGACUUGAGAGACUGGAGACACUGAAAGAAAAUCACACACCAUGUAAUUUAGUCUCAUAAUUUGGAUGAAUUUAUUUUCAGUCAAAUCCAUGCUGGUAUAAUUCACUGUGUACUAUAUUUAAAACAAUUCCCAUAGUUGGAUGAUCGUCAUGUACUCAUGGUGCUGGUAAAUUUUCAAUUUCUUAAACAACUUGCGAUGGAGCUCAAUAAAAAUAUUGUUUUCAGAAAGAGAAA